AUGUUUCGCAAAGCAUUCAGUAAAGCACUUUUGCUUCAAUUAAAUAAAUCCGCUUGUCAUGCAGUUCAGCCGAGACCAUUACGUACACCAGUGUUACGCUCAUUGCAGCAGUCAUCGACCGAAAAUGGCAUUGACAUAUCCGAGCGAGCAAUCAAGCAAUUAAAAUAUAUCCAAAAAAGAGACAAGGACGAGGAUCAAUUAUUAAGAGUAUUGGUGGAUUCUGGAGGAUGUCAUGGAUACCAAAAUAAAAUGGAAUUGACAAACACAGUGGACGAAGACGAUACAAUAUUCGAAAAGGAAGGCGUCAAGGUAGUGAUUGACGCUGUCUCGCUUCAAUUUCUUCGGGGAUCCAUGGUUGAUUACGUUCAGGAAUUAAUCGGAUCCACAUUUCAAGACUUUCUUAUGGGUGGUGUCUCCGCCGCGGUCUCCAAGACUGCUGCUGCUCCUAUCGAGCGUAUCAAGCUCUUGAUUCAGAACCAAGACGAGAUGAUUAAACAAGGUCGUCUUGCGUCUCCUUACAAGGGUAUUGGUGAUUGUUUUACACGUACGGUCAAGGACGAAGGUAUGGUUGCGAUGUGGCGAGGCAACACCGCCAACGUGAUUCGUUAUUUCCCCACACAAGCGUUGAACUUUGCCUUCAAGGAUAAAUUCAAGCGCAUGUUCAACCGAAACAAAAAAGACGGUUAUUGGGCUUGGUUUGCUGGUAAUUUAGCCUCUGGUGGUUUGGCCGGUGCGUCCUCACUUUUGUUUGUUUAUUCGUUGGAUUAUGCUCGUACUCGUCUUGCCAACGAUAACAAGUCGGCUAAAAAGGGAGGCGAACGUCAGUUCAAGGGCCUGGUAGAUGUUUACAAACAAACCUUAAAGACGGAUGGUAUUGCUGGUCUUUAUCGUGGCUUCAAUAUCUCAUGUAUCGGUAUCAUUGUCUAUCGUGGUCUUUACUUUGGUAUGUAUGAUUCCAUUAAGCCUGUUAUGCCCGAACAUCUCCAAUCCUCUUUCUUGGCCACUUUCUUGCUUGGUUGGGCUGUUACCACUGGUGCAGGUCUCGCUUCUUAUCCUAUUGAUACAAUUCGUCGUCGUAUGAUGAUGACUUCUGGUGCUGCUGUAAAGUACGAUUCCUCUCUUCAUGCAUUCCGUGAAAUCGUAGCUAAAGAAGGUACCAAAUCUCUCUUCAAGGGUGCGGGUGCAAAUAUUCUUCGUGCUAUUGCUGGUGCUGGUGUCUUGUCAGGUUAUGAUCAACUUCAAUUAAUCAUGUUUGGUAAGAAAUUUUCUGGUGGAGGAUAA